AAUUUAAAUAUUUUGGCGGGCAGAUGGAUCGCACUUCUUCCAUUUACUGGCAGGCGUUGACAAAUUACCGCUGCCCCUCCUUUGUAUGUUACUUAUAAGCAACUUCUGCAGCAAAACAAAAAUCAACAAUCAAAAUGUUCAAAUCGUGCAUUCUCUUCGCUGUUCUCGCCUUCAUCGCCUGCGCCUCAGCUAAACCUGCUGUGGUCGCUUACUCUGCGCCCGGUGUUGUGACCGCCCAAAGUUCACAGUACAUUGCCCGCAAUUACAAUGGUGUUGCCGCCGCACCCGUCGUGGCUGCCGCAUACACUGCCCCCGCCGUAGCUGCUGCACCAGUUGCUGCCGCAUACACCGCACCAGUUGCUGCCGCUUACAGCGCUCCAGUUGCCGCCGCUUACACCGCUCCAGUUGCCGCUGCGUACACCGCUCCAGUUGCCGCCGCUUACACCGCCCCAGUUGCCGGUGCGUACAGCGCCCCAGUUGCUUCGUAUCCUUCGUACGCCUCUUACUAUCCUUACAACGCUGCUUACACCGUGGCAUUCUAAUUGACCGAUUAAAUGGAAAAAUAUGACUCAGGGCUGAUGCAACAAGUGGACAAAAGCUGAAAAAGGCAACUAAAUUGGAUUCUCGUUAAGGAAAACGUAUUGCUUUGCAAACACAUUUUCAUUUUCUUUAUUUUUGUAAUCAUUUACAUAUUUAGUUAUGUAGGCAGUUUUUCGCUACAUAUCUACAUUGUUGAAGAUUUUCUAAAUGGCAUAACAAUAAAUUCCCCGAAAUUGUUGACCAAAAAUUGUUUUAGUAAGUUUAAAUAACUGAUGUUGUGGAAUUUAUGCUAAUUGCAUUUAAGUGGCCUUUUUUCGCAUGACUGGGAAAUGUCAGAUAUGUUAAGUAACAAGUGUGGAAAAUUUUAUUGCAUCAUUAAAUUUUUUUUUGGAUGUUAAUAAUUUCAAGAACUGAUUAAAUAAACUCUCCGGUACUGGAAAUAUUCAGUGCGGAUUCUGCUGCUGGUAGCUGAGGAAUAACAAGGCCUUCUCUGUGAGGGAAAGCCCAGGUGGACAAGAAUUAGCUUAGCUUUUAAAAUCAAAUGCUCUUAUUAAGACGAAUUCAUACAAGCUGAUAGCGGGAGCAUUAAAACAAAAAACUGCACUAAAAAAUUAUACGCACGUUGACAGUCAGAGUAUAAAAAAUGUACAAAAAACACAUCAUUCUGACAAUCAGCACAAUUCGCCUUGAAACCAGCUGCUCCGGUAAAAAUACCUUGUAUGAAUUCGCCUUGGUGCAUAUAUUUAUUUCUUCAACAAGAUUUACAGCAAAAGCAAAGCAAAAGAAAAAAUUAAAAAUAUUUCGUGUGAAUAUUUUUGGGA